ACUAUAUAUUACAUCGUGGGAUACCGGACUAUCACACUAAUUUAUCUCAUUAUAACAGCAUACAUUCAGGGAAUCGCUACAAACGUUUCAUAUUCAUUACUGUACAAAUUCCCACUAAAUAAUCAAAAACGAUACAAUGCUUGAUAAGAUUCUAUACCGUGCAACCGAACAUGUCUUGACGCCAAGAGAUACUUGUGAAGCUGAAAGUGACUAUAAUGGUGAACACUGGAAAGCUAGAAUCUCGGCAAUUUUUGUUAUCUUGGCAUCUUCAGCCAUUGGUACCUUUUUACCGAUCUUAUCUUCCAAAUAUUCCUUUAUUAGAAUGCCUCCAUGGUGUUUCUUCAUAGCCAAGUAUUUUGGUUCUGGGGUCAUUGUGGCCACUGCCUUUAUCCAUUUACUUCAACCGGCCUCGGAGGCUCUUGGUGAUUCAUGUCUUCCAUCUGUUUGGCAAGACUACUCGUGGGCAUUUGGUAUUUCCUUGAUGACCCUUUUCGCCAUGUUUUUCUUUGAAUUGAUGGCCUUCCACGUGGUUCAAAUGAAGGUGGCAGCCUCUGGACUCACCGAAGAAGAAGCUGAAGCUCACACCCACUCUCAUUUCGGGAACCCAGAUCUUUACACCAAGAAAUUAGAAGAAUCUGAAGAAGAAGAAACUUCUAAAACUAUCGAAGAAGAACAACACACAACUCAAGCAAAUGAACCUAACCCAUACCCACUGCAUUUCCAACACGCCGUAGAACACCAAGACCCAGAACACGUACACACACCAGUUAACCAAAAGGAAAAGGAACAAUAUUACGGACAACUUCUUUCAGUUUUCAUUUUAGAAUUCGGUGUCGUAUUCCAUUCCGUAUUUGUUGGUUUAUCUCUUGCUGUUGCCGGUGAAGAAUUUGUCUCCUUAUACAUUGUUUUGGUUUUCCAUCAAAUGUUUGAAGGUCUUGGUUUGGGUACCCGUAUUGCCACUACUCCAUGGCCAAAGGGAAAGCGUGCCACUCCAUGGAUUAUGGCUUUGGCAUACACCCUUACCACUCCAAUUGCCAUUGCCAUUGGAUUGGGUGUUCGUACCUCUUAUGCACCAGGAUCUGCUACCGCCUUGAUCACCAAUGGUAUCUUUGAUUCUAUUUCUUCAGGGAUUUUAUUCUACACUGGUAUUGUUGAGUUGAUGGCUCAUGAAUUUUUAUAUUCCGGAGAAUUUAAGGGUGCCAAUGGUCUUAAGCGUAUGCUUUCUGCUUACGUUGUGAUGUGCUUUGGUGCUGGUUUGAUGGCCUUAUUAGGUAAAUGGGCAUAAAUAGACUUUAAUUAAGAACCU